GUGUUUGUACAAAAACAAAAAAAACACAGGAACAUGGAGUCUUUAGUGUUGUGCUUGUGGUUUAUAUCUGUAGGACUGGCUCAGAUGUUUACUGGGCAGGACCCUCUCGCUAAACAGGGCACGCACUGCAAUGUAACCGGCCAAUGGAAGAACGAGCUGGGCUCCACGCUGCAGUUGACCUCUAAUGGCCCAGAGCUGCGGGGGGUUUAUCACACUGCGGUGGAGACGGAGUGUGGGGCUUCAGGCCAGAACCGGGAGGCGAGGGUGGUCGGGGUAAUCAGCGAAGGCCCUCAACCCACCGUUGCGUUUUCAGUGCAGUGGCUGAAAGGGUCCUGCAGUGUUUGGGUAGGCCAGUGUUUCUUGUUGCCAGGCGGUGGUCAAGUUCUGAAGACCUUGUGGAUGUUGCGCUCGGCUGCUGAGAGCACUGCAGGCAACUGGGGAAGUACCAGGUUGGGCGAGGACCAGUUCGUUUUCGUGGGAAAAGCUGAAGUUGCGGACGGACAUUGAUUUCAUGCAAUUUGCCAACGUCCAUAUUGAGUACUAUUGGACUUGAUGUUCUGAGUGUGUGUUCUUGAAUCUCCUGAGAGUUGGUGUGCUGAUCCACUGUCUGAUUGGUCUUCAUUGAUUGUCUCACUGACGGAAACAGAUUCCAGAUCAGCACCGCUCCUCUGAAAAGGCUUUAUUAAAACAGGCCCUGGUGGCAUUUUGCUUUGCUAAAUUGGCUGGCGUGAAGGUGCUAGCAAUUCCUUUCGCAAAGUUCAGGAAAGGGUCACGGCAUUCUCUCGGAUUCUGACCUUUUGGACUUUGUGUUUGUCCAAUACUUGUUUAGACUUCCUCAGUUCAAUAAAUAAUGGCAAACUUUCUUUGA